AUGGACGAUAUCUUAAAAUCUGUGAUUGAGGUUUUAUAUGACAUUCCCAGGGAAACACACCCUCUGAGAAAUGGAGAGAUGCGUACCCUAGAAGCCAAGUCGUUGGAGUUGGCAAAUGAGCUCUCUAAAUACAGGAUUUAUGUAGCAUAUGUUCAAGAGACUAGGUGGAAGGGGCAAAAAGCAAAAGGCAUAAAGGGAUAUAAGUUGUGGUAUGCAGGUUUGGACGGCAAACGUAAUGGGGUUGUCAUCCUAGUGUCUAAUGAUAUCCUUAAGCAAUUGGUUGAAGUAAGGAGGUGUAGUGACAGGAUUAUGCUAGUUAGGAUAGUAGUGAGGGAAGAGAUCAUAUCCAUUAUCAACUCUAACGGACAUAUAGGCAGAGAUGCAGGCAACUAUAACUCAGUACAUGGAGGGUUUGGUUUAGGAGCAAGGAAUGAGAGUGGGGAGAAUUUGCUGGAGUUUGCGCUAGCAAAAGAAUUGGUUAUAGAAAACUCGAUCUUUAGAAAGAAAGAUGAGCAUUUGAUCACAUAUAAGAACGGUGGGCAUGCAACCCAAAUCGACUAUAUCUUAGUGCGCAAGGGAGAUCGGGCCUCAUGCUUGGAUUGUAAGGUGGUGUUGGGUACAGAGAUGCCCACCCAACACAGGCUUUUAGUACUGGUUUUCAGGAUGAGGAAGAAAAUCGUAGAGAAGAAGGUCGAGUCCACAGGAAAGAUCAUGUGGGGGAGACUCCAAGGGGAUAUGGUCACAACCCUGUCAAGCAAGAUAAGUUUAUUCGGCUUCCCAAGUCAAUCAGAGGAUGCGAAUGAAAUAUGGAUGAACAUGGCAAAAACCAUUAGAAAAGUGGCAAAAAGAGACCUUGGGGGUGUCGUCGAGUAA